GGCUGAGCACAUAGAGGAAGCAAAUAUUUGUUGACGUCCCUCCCUCCCAGUUCUGACAUUCCAGGACCCCAGAGCUUGACAGAGGGCAGACAAUUUGGAAAACUACAACUCCCAGGCAUCCUUGCGAGAAUUUCCCGGGGGAGUGGGGCGUUGCCUAGAGCCUCAAAGAAAACAGCUAACCGCCGACCUCCGAACGUCGGCCUGUCUGUCGCACUGCCUGUGCCCCUUGCUCUCAGGCACUCUCCUAGGACACCUCCGCCCAGGCACGUAGGGGGCCUGCUGUUGGGCCUCGAGCAGGCGCACUCGCCUCGAUACUGGGCCUGGCGUAGACGCACUUAGUUCCUUCAGGGUCCUAGCUGAGCGGCGCGCGGUGCGGGAGAACUCGAGAACAUUUAGUCGCUUCUUCGGCCGGACGCGAAGGUGACAUGGAUGACGAAGAGGAGACCUAUCGUCUGUGGAAGAUCCGCAAGACCAUAAUGCAGUUAUGUCAUGAUCGGGGCUACUUGGUGACCCAGGAUGAAUUAGAUCAGACUUUGGAAGAGUUCAAAGCCCAGUUUGGGGAUAAGCCCAGUGAAGGACGGCCUCGACGCACUGAUCUUACCGUGUUGGUGGCCCACAAUGAUGACCCCACAGACCAGAUGUUUGUCUUCUUCCCAGAGGAGCCAAAGGUUGGAAUAAAAACCAUCAAGAUGUACUGCCAGCGGAUGCAAGAGGAGAACAUCACCAGGGCCCUCAUCGUGGUACAACAGGGCAUGACGCCCUCUGCGAAGCAGUCACUGGUUGACAUGGCUCCCAAAUAUAUCCUAGAACAAUUUCUACAGCAGGAGCUGCUCAUCAAUAUCACCGAACAUGAGCUGGUUCCCGAGCAUGUUGUCAUGACAAAAGAGGAAGUCACUGAGCUGCUGGCAAGAUAUAAGCUUCGAGAAAACCAGCUGCCCAGAAUCCAGGCUGGGGAUCCGGUAGCGCGUUAUUUUGGAAUAAAGCGAGGGCAGGUGGUGAAGAUCAUAAGGCCUAGUGAGACUGCAGGCAGAUACAUCACUUACCGGCUGGUGCAGUGACUGGCAGUGACUCCCUGAGAACAUCCCUGGAGAUGAGCUAGCUGCUGACUCCUGUCUCAGCGUGCAAGGCAGAUCCACCCGGGAAGAGGGCCGACUUCUACACUUGCUUGCAGGCUACUAACCCAGUGAAGAAAGCAGGGGUUUUCCCUCUCACUUGCUUGACAGGACUGAAAUGGGGAAAUGAACAAAUAGCAUAGGAUCUUUUUUGGAUGGGAAUGGUGGGGAGCAUAAUGGCUCACAAAAUAAAAUGUGUAUCAUGGAUCUUGUAUCUUGGCCUCUAAACCACCCUUUGCAAAGCCACCAAACAAUCUGGCUAACAUACAGGUGCAAUCACACUAUUUUCCUGCCUAAACCAACUGUGAUUCUCUGUUGUCUCUAGGGUAAAUGACAAAUAACUCAUCUUUGACUUUUCAUCUCAUUUGCCGUCAUGUACUGACUCUAUGAUAUUCCACCUGACUUGGAUAAGCAAUUGUCUGCACUGUAAUGCCUUUUGUAGGCUUUGUCUCCUACCUGGAACCCCCUUCCUUAAUUUUUGCCCAUUGAAAUUAUCAGUUCUUAGCCUGAGGGGGGCAUUUCUUCCAUGAAGCUUCAUCAUUGGUAAAAGAGGUGAUGUGGCCUGGUGGAAAUGGUGCUGGACUUGGAAUGGAGAAGAGCAGGGCUUGAGAUCUCUCUGAGCCUUUCAUUUCGUUGGUUAAAUGGUAGUGCCUCCCCUAGGGUUUUUGUGAGUCAAAUGAUUAGACCGUGCUUUGCAAACCUAAAAGCACUAUGUAAAGAUUAUCUCACCCACAUUUUCUAGCGUUUUAGAUUUAUUUUAGUUCCAUUAAACUUUAUCUUGUAUUAUA